AUUGAUUUCCGAUUAAAUCAUUAUCAUUAAUCGUGAUUUUUUUUACACAUGCGCAAUACAUUGCACUAUUGUUGAUUAAGUAAUUAAUAAAUUUAAUAGAAUCAUCAUCAUUGAGUAUCAUUGUUCAUCAGUGAAUUGUUCAUCAGUGCAUUUUAAACCCAAUAAUAUUGAAACAUAAUAUUUUCAGACAAAAUUCAAAACUUGGAUCAUCUUGUUCCAAAUGGAAUUAGUACAUGCGGCCACUGUUGCCGCAGUUAAUAAUAACAAUAAUACAACUACCAACGCAAAUAACAACGGAAACAAUAUUAUUGAAAAUAAUAUUGUUGUUUCAAACAACAAUCAUAACAACAACAACAACAACAAUAACAACAACAACAACAACAACGGCAAUAAUAAUUCAUUAACACAUCUUAAUCAAUCAAUGGAAUCGGUCAAUAAUUUAACGGAUGAAGAGGUACGAACAUUGUUCGUUAGUGGACUUCCAAUGGAUGCUAAACCACGUGAAUUAUAUCUAUUAUUUCGUGCAUAUAAGGGAUAUGAAGGAUCAUUAUUAAAAGUUACCAGUAAAAAUGGUAAAACAUCAUCACCGGUUGGUUUUGUUACAUUUUCAACAAGAGCUGGUGCCGAAGCUGCUAAACAAGAUUUACAGCAAGGUAUCCGGUUUGAUCCUGAUUUACCACAAACAAUACGACUUGAAUUUGCCAAGAGCAAUACCAAAGUGAACAAACCAAAGCAAUCAUUGCCUUCAUUAUCAUCAUCAUCAUCAUCGGCAGCAGCAGCAGCUGCUGCUGCUGCUGCUGCCGCUACUGCCUCAAAUCAUCAAGCGGCAUUAGCGAUGCAUCCGCUUACUGGCCGUAAUUAUUUCGAUCUAAGUGCUGCAUUGUUUUCAAAUCCACAUGAUAGCUGGGCAACACCACAUCCAUUAUCAUUUCCUGAAAUGAAUACAUCGGCUGCAUUACAUUCAGCUGCAGCAUUAGUACAUCCAGCAUUACAUGCUCAACUACCGCCUCAAUUAGCAGCCGUAUCACAUCCAAUGAGUCAUCAUGGUCAUGCAGCAGCAGCAGCAUUAGCUGCAAAUCUUCAUCAUCAUCAGCAUCAUCAUUCACAAUUACAUCAUCAUCCUCAUCAUCCUGGAACUGGAAUACAACCAUCACAUUUAAUUGCUGCAUCAUCAACAACCGCUGCAUUAGCAAAUCCAAUUGGUCAAACACCACCAUUAUCAUCAACAACUGUAACAACAACAACAGGUGCAACACAUCAUCAUCAUCAUCAUCAAAAUCAUCUUAAUCAACAUCAUCAACAUCAACAUCAACAUCCGCAUCUACAUCAACAACAACAACAAUCAAAUAAUUGCAAUACAUCACCAUGUUCAACAUUAUUUGUUGCUAAUCUUGGUCAAUAUGUUUCCGAACAAGAAUUAAAAGAAUUAUUUGGAAGUUUUAUUGGAUUUUGCCGACUUCGGAUGCAUAACAAAAGUGGAGCACCGGUUGCAUUUGUCGAAUUUACGGAUAUACGCCUAGCAACACAUGCAAUGAAUGCUUUACAAGGAUUUAUUUUAUUUUCAUCAUCCGAUCGUGGUGGUGGUAUACGUAUUGAAUAUGCUAAAAAUAAAAUGGGCGAUAUAUCCGGAGGUUCAUCAUCCGGUGGUUCAUCAUCUGUUGGUGGAUCAUCAAUUAAUAGUCAACCAUUAAAUCAUCAUCAUAAUCAUAAUCAUAAUCAUCAACAUCAAAAUAAUCAUAUUUCUCAACAUCAUCUUCAACUUCAUCAUCAUAAUAAUGAUAUAGUCAAUUCGGUAAGUAUAUAAUUUCAAAAACUUAAUCAUGGCGCCAUCCAACGUUUAAU